UUUCAUUUUGUGUUAUCUUUGUUUUGCUAUGUAUCUCACUGGGAUUGAUUCUCUGCCAUGUUCUUCUCAAAGCAAGAAAAGAAAGAACUGUAAUUUUGAAUUUAUUGUUUAGGUUUUUGUUUUCUGUGUUUUAUCUGUUUUGUUCAUUGAUUCUCUGUACGAUGUGAAAAUAUAAUUUCACAUAAGCCAGUCCUUGUGUUUGUAUCAGUUAAAUGCAUUUCUUUUCCCUUUUCCUUGAAACCUCUUAUGCAGGGCACAAAAGUGAAGAAAUGGAUGUUCAAAGUUUGUGCUAAAAUCAUCUGGGCUUAUGUUUGUUUUCAGUAAUUUUUGUUUUCAUGGCUGUAGUUCUAGUAUGCUGUAAAAUGCCUUAUAAAGAUCAUGUUAUCCCACCUCAAAAUUCAGUAAGACAGCAUGAAAGAGGUCUCACUUGUGUAUGUUAUGCCUUUCCACAAGGGUGUAUUUCCAGUAAUGCACGCAAGCGGUGGCAAGUCCUCUAUGUGUAUCCUACUGCUGAUAUUUUAAUGAAAACAAAGACAAGAGGGGAAGUGAAUUCCACUAAAGGAGCAAUUCUCAACCAAGGUGCUCUGCAUUUCCAGGACAAGAUUGAAGGACUGGCCGUGCAUAGAGUCUGGAACGUAAAAGGAGAAGAUUAUGUGGCAUCACAUGUAUCAAGGACUAGUAAUAACGAGAAGCAACUGAGAUUGAUAGAUUCUUAUUUUGGAAAAAUCCAGGGCAAUGCAGCUGAGCCCUCUUCAGAUUCUUCUGAGGAGACAAUUGGGUUACCGGAUGAAAGCAGACAAAUCGAUUCAAAGGAGGAAUUGAAAACUCUAAAUUCAUAUAUUGGCAAACUUAAUAAAGAUGCAAAGUUAAAAAAUGAUGUGUCAUCUACUUUUGAUGGCCAAACUAUUGAGGAAAAUCCAGCAGAAAAAUCAUUUUCAGUUCAUGAAGAUUCUCUAAGAGGUUAUCAGGAGAAGACAAAAGGUUUCAUGAAGUUGAGGAAAAAGGAUAUAAAUAGUGGUUCUGGGAGAUCUCAAGCCUUGCAGCAAAAUGAUGAAACCUCGGAUCUGUACUUAAUAAGCAUUUUGGCUUCUAUAAACAUUGCAGUACUUCUGUUUGAAUUAGCCAGCCCAGUCAGAAAUUCUGAGUUUGAGCUCUUUUCUCUCCCAUUAUUGUAUGGAGCAAAGAUAAAUGAUUUGAUCUUGGUUGGAGAAUGGUGGAGACUAGUGACACCAAUGUUUCUGCACUCAGGGGUGUUUCAUGUGGCUCUUGGAUGUUGGUCACUUCUUACUUUUGGACCUCAAGUUUGCCGAGGUUAUGGUUCAUUUACGUUUUUCUUGAUAUACAUGCUUGGAGGAAUUUCUGGCAACCUGGCAAGCUAUCUUCAUACGCCACAGCCAACUGUUGGUGGAACGGGACCAAUUUUUUCCAUAAUUGGAGCAUGGCUUGUUUACCAAGUACAGAACAAAGGUGUAAUUGAUAAGGAUGUUGCAGAGAGUAUGUUCCAUAAGGCAAUAAUCACAACUGGCCUCAGCUUCAUAUUGAGCCAUUUCGGUCCAAUUGAUGACUGGACACAUUUAGGAGCAGCUUUAUCUGGUAUAGUGUAUGGCUUUUUCACAUGCCCUACACUACAAUUGGAUAAUGCAUCUUCAAGAACUGGCCAAGAUGAAGGCAUUGCGCUUGUUAGAAGAAAUGCAAAUCCUUGUAAAUCACUUGUCUUAUUCGCCAUCUUCAUUCUUUUCUUAGGUUCAUUACUUUUCUUUGUGGAACCUCCUCUAGACAGAGACAGUGUGGUGCCUGAUGACUUGGUAUGGUUUUGAAAACAUGCAAUGCCUUUGUGUAGGAUGCCUAUGUGCAAUUUCAAAUGGAGACAAGGACAAAUGUCUGUAUAUGUAGAAAUAGAAUAAUGUCUAACAAGCAUCAUUUUUUUUUGCUGCUUAUGAA